UCCAGCUCAAGAACAAGAAGAAGAAAAAAAAAAGCAAAAUGCGUUCAGAGUUGAUCUUUUUGUCCGCCAUCCUCUUCACAGUUUCACAGGCAGCAGUUUUGGAUCUAUCUACAGGAAUGAUCUAUCGUCUCCGAAGAUCAACAUCAGAACCUGCAGAAGAAGCACAGACCAUCAACAAAGAAGAGCAGCUUGAAUCUCUUGAACCUCCAAAAGCAAAUCUCCGUGGAGGGUGCGGAUGCGCUGACAAAAAUAAUUGUGGGGAUACCGUCGCAGUGCCUGCCGUGGCAUCCAUCAUCAUCUAUGGGCCUAAAAUGGAUGAGUACUGGGCUUGCCUUAGUAAUUGCAUUAACCAACCCCCAUGCAUUCCAUGCGACAAAUGUUGACCAGAACAAUCACAUGCCUUGAGUGAAAAAAAAGAAAAAAAAUUGCAAAUUUGACAACUCUUUCAUAUUUUAGAGCAUACAUAUAUUUUUUCCAUGAGCCUCUUUUGUGGUAAAGUCGUCAAGAAAUUCCAGAUGUUUCAUUUGAAAAAAGUCAAUAUAAAAAUCUGUAUUAAUUUCAAUUUGUAUGCAGUGACUGAGAAUUGUGUGAGUGUCGAUGUUGAGCCAUUUUUAUUGGCUUUAUGAAUUCGGUAUUAUCACAGAACUUAUAUUGUUUGUACUGUUUAAAACAAAUAAAACUCAUUACUUGAAUAA